UGAUAGUUCCCAGCCCAACCAUGUGAAGACAUAUACCCAGGAGGAGCACAAUCUCACGCCAGGCGCAGUCGUCGUACUGCAUGACAUCAGGUUGGGUGGGGCGCGAGGUCACCGCCGUUUAGCAGGCGAGGAAUACGACACAGCGCGAAGCUAGUCCACUCAUAUCAUAACGCUCUCGCAACAUCCAUCAUGCCUAACCUCGGGAAGACCAAGAAGUCCGAACUGCGCCCCGUUGACGACUCGCACUUCACCGAAUCGGAAAAGGAAGAGAACUUUUCUUGGUUCACCAGGAUGAUUACGGAGACGACGAAAAACUCGGCCAUGGCCGUAGUCUGCCUUGGCCACUACACUGACUCGCGCCUCGUUAACCCAUGGAGAGACUCGAGCCCUGUCGUCUACCCUAGCGUGCGCUUUAGAGACAUGGCUAUCGAAACCGUAAACUUUGCGACCGGCGGUACGGCCACCCUCAUCACGCCGUUCGCAAGCGAGGUCAGCGGUGACCUCCUCGGAGACGGAAUCGUUGCCGAGCUCGUAACCCGAGUAGGCACGGAUGCGGUGGUCGGGGUCGCUGACCAGGCGCUGAUCGAGCAGCCUAUCGAAAAGCUAGGCGAUGAGAAGGACCGCACACUGAAGACAGAGAACUUGAAGACGCUCAAGAUCACGCUGCGCUACCGCAGCUGGUUCUGCCCCUACCUAUACGCCAGUGGUCGCACGCCCCUCAUCCCACGGAAGGUCACGCCCGACGUCAUCUUCGCGCACAGCCCCUUCCUCAACGGCGAUGACCAAGUCGCGCAAACCCUCCUCCGCGAAUCCAGCAAAAUCUUCUCCCUCUGCCCCCACGAAUCGCCCUCCCCCAAGCAUCGCCGCAUGCUCGUCACCGUCCUCGGCCUCAAGCCCUACCGUCUUGGCUGUACCUCCUCCGCCCGCCCCGGCCAGUCCAUCCUCCACUACCAGCUCCCCGACGGCUGCCCCGCGCUCGUCCUCCCCGUCCGCGACGGCAGCCCGCUCGUCGGGUGGUUCGCCGCGGGGCGGACGUUGUCGAAGUCGUGGAAAAUCAAGUUGAGCACGUACAACGGUAAAGAGGAACUGGCGACGCACACGCGCUCGUUAGCGGAGUUCCUGAACCUGUGCGUGGAUUGGGACAGGGAAACGAACGAGAAUGGGAAGAAGGGGAUGGGUGGGCGGCAGAGACUGGAUCGCGCGACGGAGUUGUUGUUGGAGGCGGCGGCGCGGAGCGGGCAGAGUAAGCGGGUGGUGAAGGAGGUUGGGGAUCGGGCAGAAAUUGCGAUGUUUAGGCUUCCUUGAGCAUGUUCGAGUCACGAGCAUGAUUGAUCUCUCAGAAAAUCCAUCCCUGUGCGAGUACUCAAGUACUCACCAUCCUCG